AUGCCGUGCCGCCGCCUCGCGACGCUGCCGCUGGUGGCGAUCGUCCCCCUGCUCAUCCUGAAGUUCCUCGCCCUGGCCCUGCUGGUGCCGCGGAAGGCGGCGGCGGGCGCUCCUGCUGCCGUCGUGGUGGAGACGACGGAGGUCGACGUGGCGGCCGCGGGUGCGGCGGCUGGCUCUGCUGGCACGGGCCUCGCACUCGUCCAGGUGGCGGGGGCUGCUGGCGACGCGGACGCCGACGACGACUCCAUGGCCGACGACGCCUGGGCCGACGGCCUGCGGCGCUCGGCACCCGGCGCUGUCCCCUCGGGCGGCGCCGACGCGCGGGCUGGUGCUCCGGCGGCGCCUGCUGCGCCCUGCGAGCCUGUGUCUGCUGCUGCUGGUGCGGCGGCGGCUGCGGGCGGCGAGGAGUCGCUGGUGCGGUUCCUCGUGUUCCUGGUGCUCGAGGAGUCGCUCGUGCGGUUCCUCGUGCUCGCGAGCGUGGAGCUUUUCCUCUCCCGCUCGUCGGCGUGGUACGCGUACUACGUCUGCCUUGACUGCAUCGUCGGCACGGUCGGGGGGUCCAGGUCUGGUCAGGUCCAGGCCUGA